AUGUCUAACACUACGUCUAUAGCCAUGCCGCAUGAUCCCCAGCCUCCUACAGCAGCUACUCCAUCUACAAUUUCCACAUCGCUGGCCAUCGCUCCUCCUCACACUGGACCUUCGGUGCUCCACUCUCGGAGCAUUAAGCACCAGUGGUCUGGAGCUGCGAGCUUGUUGAAUCCAUUGCCCGCUGACGAUGUUCGUAGUGGGUCUGAAACUGUAGAAACUGCUGUAUCUGUAGUACAAGCUGAUGCUCACAGCGCCGGAUCGAUAGAGGCUGUAGCUGCUGCACGCUCGCUAGAAGCACAAGAGGUUGCCCAAGCUGUUGAGUCUGUAGAUGCUGAAACAGUUGAUAUCAACGGCGAAAGCUACGGUCCCGACGAGCAAGAUUCUUCGUCGUCUUCACCUUCUAAUUCUACCAACUUCCUCUUGGGAGCGAAGAAUGCCCACCGCACAAAGUUGACCACACACGACAUCAGACUAAUUCUAUACUUCAUUGUCCAAAUUAAACCAUUUAAGUAUGUGGGUGAUCGCUCACUUUCCCAGACGAAGAAGUGGGAGUUGAUUCAGCAGAAGUUUGCAAGCCACAAACAUCUGGAUCAUGAGAAGGAUAGGAAAAACGACGACUCGCCCGUAGUAGUUCCCACCGUAAGAACGCUUCAAAGACAGUUGGCUACUGCCAUCCGUAAGGCUAGUAUCAGACGUCACGAACGCAAGCAGGCUGGCAUAAUUGACUCGAGCCCUAGCAGGUCUCAGGAUGACGAAUACUAUUUGUUUAAGCAUAUUUCAGCAGACAGUUCGCUAACAGAAUUAGAAGCAGCAUUACUUGACCUCAAUGAUCUUAGCGAUAAAUUGAAGACUGGCAAAUUAGCGAACACCUCUCACCUCUUCCAGGGAAGCAUGGAUACAGAGGUGCAACGAGGUGUCACCAAUUUGACAAGUAUGACUUCGUCGUUGAGAGCCCUUAUUGACUCUACUAAUUCCGCCAAUGGAGCGAUUGAUACUCGCCUAACUUCUACGUUGCGGGAGUUGUCAGAUAUCAAGGAUGACAUUGGAGCUUUGUAUGCCAACGACAGAUACAGUUAUUCUAGUAUUUCUCAGUCUAUGCAAGCAUUUGAUGACUUCUUGGCUAAGUCAGCAGACUUCCAGAGUCAAGUAAUUAACGAAAAUCAUUCCUUGUUCCUCGAGCUCGACAAGUUGAUCAAGAAUCACUAUGACAAGUUAGAGGCAAUUAACAAAAACUAUGCCGACUACAGGGACGAAGUGAGCGAAAAGAUUGUAUCGCUUCUCGCUGACAAAAUCCAACAUUCCACGGAGGUUAAGAAAGACGUCCAAGAUCGUAUCCUUUCCAAAUUGACUUCGUUAAGGGACACCGUAAGGAGGUGA